GGAGCCGCCGGAGCCGCCCGAGGCCCCCGCCGCGAGCCACCGGGCGGGGGGCAUCCGAGUCCUGAAGAGAAACAUGAAGCGCAGUGGAAGCAGACACUGUUUGCACAGGAGAAGUAGGUUCAGCUCCCGUGAGAGAGACUGGCUGAAAGAGGAUGUGAAGAGAGGCUGUGUCUACCUCUAUGGAGCAGAAACAGCUACGGCCACUGCCACUGCCCCUGCCUCCGUGGCCAGCACUGUCACGUCGUCCUCUUCUGAUUUACACCUCGUCCUUUGCACGGUAGAGACACCAGCAUCCGAGAUAUGUGCUGGACAGGGAAAGGAAAGCCUUUAUUUACAGCUCCACGGAGACCUGGUCAGGAGGCUGGACCCUACUGAACGACCCCUUCACAUGGUAUAUGAAUACUUAGCCAGCCUGGGCUUUGAGGAUCCUGUUCGUAUACAGGAGGAGGCAACAAACCCUGACCUCAGUUGUAUGAUUCGCUUUUAUGGAGAAAAACCUUGCCAGAUGGACCAUCUAGACCGAAUUCUGUUAUCUGGCAUCUAUAACGUACGCAAGGGAAAGACGCAGCUCCAUAAGUGGGCUGAGCGCUUAGUUGUUCUCUGUGGGACUUGCCUUAUUGUAUCUUCAGUGAAAGACUGCCAGACUGGGAAGAUGCACAUUUUGCCCCUUGUUGGGGGAAAGGUGGAAGAAUUGAAACGGCGGCAACACAGCCUUGCUUUCAGCUCUGCAGGAGCACAGGCUCCGACAUACCACGUCUGCUUUGAGUCCUUGGCAGAGUGCCAGCGGUGGUAUCGGCAGGCCUCCAAGGUGGUGUCGCAGAGGAUGAGUACAGUUGAUCUCUCAUGUUAUAGCCUUGAGGAGGUUCCUGAGCAUCUCUUCUACAGUCAAGAUAUCACCUACCUCAACUUGCGACAUAACUUUAUGCAGUUAGAAAGACCAGGAGGCCUUGAUUGUCUCUACAGGUUUUCUCAGCUGAAGGGCCUGAAUUUGUCCCACAACAAGCUUGGGUUAUUCCCCAUUUUACUUUGUGAGAUCUCCACUCUAACAGAACUCAACCUUUCCUGUAAUGGAUUUCAUGAGUUGCCUGGUCAGAUUGGCAGUCUUCUGAAUCUACAGACUCUCUGUCUUGAUGGCAACUUCCUCACUACUUUACCUGAAGAACUGGGAAAUUUGCAGCAGCUUUCCACUCUUGGACUCUCCUUCAACAAUUUUAGCCAAAUUCCUGAGGCUUGUGUGAAGCUCACUAUGCUAGAGAAGCUGGCUAUGGCAGGCAACCAGCUAGAAAUCCUAAAUCUUGGGGUUCUGAACAGGAUGGAGAACAUCAAACAUGUAGAUUUCAGGUUGAACAAUUUGAAGAGAACAGUUAUUGACAACCUGGAAGGGAACAAGCGUGUUACCCACGUGGAUUUGCGGGAUAACCAGCUGACUGACUUGGAUCUGAGUUCCCUGGGAAACCUCCAGCAGCUGCACUGUGAACGAAAUCAGCUGAGGGACCUCACGCUCAGUGGCUUCACCCUGCGGGCCCUCUGUGCCAACUCCAACAGGCUGACAACAGUAAACGUUUAUCCGGUGCCUAGUCUGCUUACUUCCUUAGAACUCUCUAGGAAUCAAUUAGAGUAUGUUCCUGACUGGGUCUGUGAAUCAAAGAAGAUUGAGGUGUUGGAUAUGAGCUACAAUCUUCUAACAGAGGUCCCCAUUAGGAUUCUGAGAAGUCUGAGUCUUAGGAAACUGAUGGUGGGACACAACCAUGUGCAAAGCCUUCCAGUCCUUCUGGAACACAUUCCUCUUGAGGUCUUGGAUCUGCAGCAUAAUUUACUCACCAGGCUGCCCGACACUCUCUUCUCCAAGGCCUUAAAUCUCAGGUACCUGAACGCCUCUGCAAACAAUUUAGAGUCUCUGCCUUCUGCUUGCACUGGGGAAGAAAGUCUGAGCAUGCUGCAACUCCUCUAUCUGACCAGUAAUCAGCUGACAGACCAAUGUAUCCCUGUCCUAGUAGGACACCCGCACCUCCGAAUCCUGCAUCUUGCAGAUAACCAGCUGCAGACUUUCCCAGCAAGCAAAUUAAACAAGUUGGAGCAACUGGAGGAGCUGAACCUGAGUGGCAACAAACUAAAGACAAUUCCUACAACCAUUGCAAACUGUAAACAGCUGCAUACUCUUGUUGCACACUCCAACAACAUCAGCAUAUUUCCAGAGAUCCUGCAUUUGCCUCAUAUCCAGUUUGUAGAUUUAAGCUGUAAUGACUUGACAGAAAUUCUGAUUCCUGAGGCUUUGCCUCCUACCCUACAGGACCUUGACCUAACUGGAAAUACAAAUUUGGUUCUGGAACAUAAGACGCUGGAAAUCUUCAGUCAUAUCACCACCCUGAAAAUUGAUCAAAAACCCCUGCUAACAGCUGAUUCUGCAGGUGCAUCGACAUUCUGGAGCCAUGGGCUUGCUGAGAUGGCUGGCCAGAGGAAUAAACUCUGUGUGUCUGCUUUGGCCGUGGAUAACUUUGCUGAAGGUGUGGAAGCUGUCUAUGGCAUGUUUGAUGGAGACCGGAACGAAGAGCUCCCCCGCCUCUUACAGUGUACCAUGGCUGACGUGCUUCUGGAAGAGGUGCAGCAGUCAGCAAUUGAUACAGUUUUCAUGGCUAACACAUUUUUGGUAUCUCACAGAAAAUUGGGAAUGGCCGGCCAGAAGCUAGGUUCCUCUGCCCUCCUCUGUUAUGUCCGACACGAUACUGCUGACCCUACAAGUAGCUUCACCCUGACAGUGGCCAACGUGGGCACAUGCCAAGCAGUCCUGUGCCGGAACGGACAGCCCUUGCCGCUCUCCAGAGUCUUCAGCUUGGAGCAUUGCCCGGAGGAGCUGCAGCGGGUGAAAGAACAAAAAGCCAUCGUAACGGAGGACAACAAAGUGAACGGAGUGACCUGCUGUACCCGGAUGUUGGGCUGUACGUACCUCUACCCUUGGAUCCUUCCAAAACCCCAUAUAUAUUCCCUGCCACUUACAGUACAGGAUGAGUUGUUGAUCUUGGGAAACAAAGCACUGUGGGAACGCCUGUCUUACCUGGAGGCUGUCACUGCAGUCCGGCAUGUCCAUGAUCCAUUAGCAGCUGCCAAGAAGUUAUGCACAUUAGCGCAGAGCUAUGGUUGUCAGGACAACGUUGGGGCAAUGGUGAUCUGUUUGAAUGUUGGGGAGGAUGGUUGUACUUGUGAGGCGAAUGGCCUCAACCUCCCAGGUCCUGGGGGAUUCGCCUCAGCUACCACCGUCAAAGACGCUCCGAAGCCAACCACCCCUUCCUCCAGUAGCGGCAUCGCCUCCGAGUUCAGCAGUGAAAUGUCCACCUCUGAAGUGAGCAGUGAAGUGGGCUCCACAGCUUCUGAUGAGCACAGCGCCACUGGCCUGGACGCCAGCCUGGUGCCAAGGCCAGAGAGGCGCUGCAGCCUCCAUCCCAUGCCCACCUUAGGGAUAUUUCAGCGCCAACCGUCUUGUGCCACUUUCUCCAGUAACCAGUCUGACAAUGGCCUGGACAGUGAUGAUGACCAGCCAGUUGAAGGGGUCAUAACGAAUGGCAGCAAGGUAGAGGUGGAAGUCGAUAUCCAUUGCUGUAGAGGAAAGGGUCUGGAGGCAUCUCCUCCUGCCCUUGAAGAGACUUCUCUGAUUGUCGGUCCCGAGGAAGACUCGGGAGGAUUGUUCUUCAGGUUCCGGAGACAGAACAGUGUGAGCUGUGCAGCGCUCCUUCCAGUAAGCAGGGAGUUACAGAAAUCUCCAUCCGCUUCUUGCCUGUAUGGGAAAAAACUCUCCAACGGCUCUGUUGUGCCACUGGAAGACAGCUUGAACCUCAUCGAGGUGGCCACAGAAGCACCCAAGAAAAAGACGGGCUACUUCUGUGCCCCAGCUCAGCUGGAGCCAGAGGAUCAGCUCGUUAUACCUCGUGACCUGGAAGAGGAGGUGAAGGAGCAGCUGAAGCACCCCCAGGAUGCCCGGGGCACGGCCGACUCGGAGCCCUGGGGGGAGACUCAGGCGGACCGCUCGGAAGAGCUCGACACUGCCCUGUGACCCUCGGCAAGGAGCUCUGGGUCUGAGAAGGCCGCGGGUUCUUGUGGCCCGUGGUCCUUGCCACCACAUUCGGCUCCUGCGUUGGCCGCCACCCUGUGGAGGAGCGGCAUGGAGGCACGCACUCGGAGGUGAGAGGCAGGAGCGGCCGGCUUUACUGAGAAUGAAGGUGGGGAGAAGGUCCGCGCGGUCCUGCCACCUGCCGCUGGCCCCUUCUGUCCCAGGUUAAUUUGGAGGGUUGCCUGCCUGGGCGGCAAGGGGACUUGCUUCUGUGGCAGAGUGACCGAAGACUGAACCUCUUCACGGUCACUGCUGAAGGGUCUCUGGCUGCAUCGUCAUCUUGUCAAGUGUCAGAGUGCUGUGGGCACGUGGCUUUCUUACUCUUCUCUGAGAGAACAUAGCCUGUGGAAAUGAAGCUCACUGGAAGUGCGGAGCCAAUCAGACAAUUGAUUUAUGUGUGUACUGUAGUGGAAGCACUUUUCAAUGACUGACAUUCAUUUUUGAAUCUGCACUCAGAGCCAGUCUUAGAGACGGUCCACACCUUGGUCCCUCCGGUUAGGGAGAGCCAGGUGUUGGUGCCUCUCACAGGGGUCCCAGGAAGGCUUAGAGGGAACAGAGACGGGGGAGGAUUCAGAUUUCUCUUGAUAGGGAUGUGAAUUUUUAAAAGGUAAAAAUGGGAAUGAAGAGAAGAGCUGCAGAGUCUCCUGGUCAUGGUGAGGGGAUCCAGUUCAGGUCUCCUGACAGGAAGGAGAAGGAGCUGAGAAUUUCCCUGCAUAUGAGAAGGGAGUGAUCUGGGGACUGGCCAGAUUCCAUGAAAUGUGGUGAGGAGUUGGCAGUUUGCUUCUCCUGCUCGGUAGGACCAGAGGCUGACUCCUAUCCAGGUGACCUUGAGCUUCUGUGUGUUUCAGGAGAAGCUGAGAAUGGAUGGAUGAACCUCACAUAGUAGAAAUCCUUCUCUCCCUCUAGUGGAGGAAGAUCAUUUUUCCUGAAAACCAGAGGAAUAAAUUUUAACACUAAAAUCUGUUUUUUAUAGGCCUUCCAAUCUUAUUGUUGCAGGGACUGACUAUGUUACCCUUUAAAAAUCAGUCUUAUUAUACCAUAUAUGCUCUCAGUGAGUGUUGGGCUCAUUUACUGCUAUAUGAUUCUUAUCAGAUUAGAAACAUUUCCAUGCAAACAGAAACCUUCUUUUUCUGUACUUUUUGAACAUCACUUCUCAUUCCACAUGGCCCUGUCAAAAUACAUUUCCUUGUACGUUUUGUUCAGUUGCCUUUAUAAUUUGAAGACUUAUGUAGACAGGAAAGCUAAUUUCUAGUUUUUCUUCCAAAACUUUGACAUUGCCUCAGCUAAUCGAUUUGGGGGUGUGAUUUGGAUUUGUUGAGUGUUUGCGCAGUCCAAGAAGAAAACAGGGUGGAACCCUUUGACAUAUGCUUUAUUAGUAGGAACAUAAAGAUUGAAUAUUGGUUUGCCAAAUAAUUUUCAAAAGCAGCUUAAUUUAUACUUUGUUGGGGAGCUUGUUGUUUGAAGCAAUAAUAGCAAACUAGUUGACCAGAUCACUGAUGAGUCCACGAUAUUGAUGUCUAAGAGGUAUCACCUUUACACAUGAAUGUGUGGCGCUUGUGUUUGCUUUUAAAGGGGGAGCCUGCUAACUGCUUAAUGACCAUCUAAUGUUGAUCUUUUCAGGAGUCCUAAUUUGAGUUUUUGUACUGUUAGGAAAAUUUUGAUUUAUCUGUUAAACUGUUGCUCUGCUACUGAAGAAUUUGCAGCUUCAAAUCUUUGAUCUGAUUAAUUCCUCCUUAGGAAGGGACUACAGGGGCACAUUCAGGGUUUGAGGUUCUCUAAAACAGGGGUGAACUAUUUCGUGGCAGUAGCAUUGUCUCUUUGGGGAAAUGAGAAAGCCGAUAGGAAAGAGGCUAAGAUGAUAAUGCUGAGCGUUGUCCUUCCAGAACUGCAGAAUAGUUGUAGAAGUAACAUCCUUUAAUAAAGAAGGCUGAUUUGUAAAGAUGCAACGUGGAAAUCACCGCCUCUCUCAGAAUUGUCCUUAACUUGUAAUAAUUUAUUUCAUUUUGUUCCUCAGCUUGCUUGUUUCAAUAACCACUAGUUUUGUAUAAUCUGAUAUAUUGGGCCUUUGCUUUUGACUUGUAAGCUCAGAAUUUGGAAGUUACAAAUGUUCCUAUACUGAAGCUAAAAUUAUUAUUUUUCUUUUUUUAGUAAAUUUCAGAUUGGAUUAAAAAACUGAACCUAAAUUUGGGGGUAUAGGGAAAAAUGAGUCUCUUAUCCAACCACUCUGGAGGAGAUAAGUAAAAGAUGGCUUUCUAAAAAAAAAGCAGCUUCCCCCCUACCAGAACAGGAGAGUAGACCUGUUGCCCUAAAAGGUGUUGUUUAGGAAAUUGCAUUAUCUGAUCAGGUUCUCAGUGGUUCAUGAUAUCUAGCCCCAUAUCCCGAGCACCAUCUAUUCUCUUAUGCUUGAGAGACUAAAUGUACCCCUAGAUUCCCCUUGUACAAUGUCCUUCUCGUGGUUCUGUGUUCUUUGUAAACUAUGUACUUGCCGUAUCUAUGUAACAGACCAGAUUAACAGAGAUUCUGAAAGCAUAAAACGACUAGUUCUGAGCAGCAGUGUGUGACCCCUGUGAGUUGAAAAUGUACAAAUCUUAGGAGUCAUGGUAUUUAAUCAAAAUGGAUUUGGGAAGUACAUUUUAUUUUAAACUUUGAAGAUUAAUACAUCAAGGCACAGUGCUAUCCUGUUCACUGACUUACCACUCCAGACAAAUGAGGGUUUAUUAUACUACUGUCAAGCAUACAUGUGCAAUAAGAUGAUGUGUUCCCUGUGUAUAAAAAAUAGAGCAGAUGUGAGCAGCUUGAUUAUUAUUGGGUACGAUGAUAAUAGUUCGUUUGCAUUUGCUGCUGUUUUCCAGGAGACGGGUCUAAUUAGUAUUAGCCAAUCUACUGAGUGUUGAAUGAUUAUCUUAUUUUUAUAUAUAACUUCCAACAAAAUCAAGUACUUAUAAGCCACUGGCUUACCAUCUUUUUCUGUUGACUAAUUAUCCCGUGAAAAACCUCCAUGAGGAAGCAAGUGACAAAUACAUGUAACAGUGAUUCAGCAGCCUCCAAGCCAUUCGGGGCUGCCUGAAGCAGGCCAGACAGUGUGUGACUCGUCUCACAUUUCACCUCAUUCUGGGUGAAGCCAUUCAGGUUCCCUAAAACACAGAGGUGACAUUUUAUUUCCAGUUAGUGACUGUCCUAUAAUUGAGAAAAUACUUUCUGGCUUAGGAAAAGAGCCUGCAUAUAGUAAGUCUUGCUGUGAUCAUUCCACCACACAUAAGCUCCUUGUGCUCUCGACUCUAUGCCCUUCUCCUGGAUUUUGUAGGAUUUCCCUCACUUUGGCCCAUGGAUGUCGUCCAGGCAGUGAGUCCACAUCUUACAGUUUUGUGCAAUCGUUGUCCUAUUAUAGUCUUAAGACUCAUUAUAGUGUAUUUUUGAUAUUUUUGAAAUGUGUUAAAUUUUUUAAUUCAAUAACAUGAGCCAGAGCAUGUUUCAGCAAAUCUAUUGUUUGUAAAAAUGAUGAUGAUGAUGAUGAUGAUGAUAAUAAACAAAUAAAUAUAAUAUAUUUUGGUGCUUUUGUUUUAAAGUGGAAUGCGUAUUAUUUUUAAAAUAUUUGUGUGUGAUGUCCUUUCGGUUCAUUAUAUAGAGAGAUUGAUUUGGAAUUGAAAGCAUCCUGAAGAUUUUCCCUUGUUUCCUGCCUUAGGGAGAUGAACAAGACCUCAGGGUGGGGGAAAACACAUACCCCACAUAAAUCUUACUAAGAUUUACAUACAAGUUGAGACAGGAAUAUUUUUAGCUAGCUUUUCACGUGAUAAGGCAGAAAGCUCUCUACUUUCAUUAAUACUAUACUUUGUGUAUACUUGACAUCUCAAGGACAUAGUCAUUUUCUUAAGCGCAUUAGAAGACCAAAUACUGAAGUCUUCUAGUCAAUAGAAUCUUUAGUAAAAAAUUAAAUUUCUUUUUUUUUUCAUCAGUAAAAGCCUGUCUUUUCUUCCUACUCCCUCCCUGAAAUGAGAAAGAAAGAAAAGCAACACUGUUGCUACAAAUAUGUAGUAGUUAGCAAGACAGAUUUCUGCCUUGGCCACAUCCAAAUGUCUCAUUCUGUACUCUUUACCUCUCUAUCAGGAGGUUGGUAGCAUAUUUCAUCAUUAGUCCUUUGGAAAUGUGGUUGGUCCUUACUGCUAAAAGUUCCUAAUUCUCUCAGAGUUGUUUGCCCUUACAAUAUUGUUGUCAUUUGUAUAAUAUUUUUCUCCUGGUUCUUCUCGCUUCACUCUGUAUCAUUUCAUAUAAGUCUUCCCAAGUUUCUCUUAAACACCUUCCUUCAUCAUUUCUUAUCACACAGUAGUAGUCUGUCACAUCUGUGUAUCAUCAGUUUUUCAGUCAUUCCCCAGUAAGUUCUCGUUGCUGGGCAUGCACCCAAGGGCAAUCAGAGUGAAAAGAAAGGAAGCAACCAAACACUAAUUAAAUGACCAGGCUUGGCUGUGGAGAAGAAAUAAAAAAAAAUUGUCUUUUGGAUUGUGGAUGUGGAA